CCACGGGCGGAUUUUCUGUCAUCUCUCUGUUGUUCUAUCUUACGAUGGAUUGUGUUACAAAAAACAGCUGCGGAAAGUUGCAGUGAUGACAAGCCCCCUGGCCCCCAUCCCUUGCCCUGUAUGCGCGGUUUUCUUUUUUUUUUCUUUUCCCCCGUGCUUCAGCCAAAGGUACAGAAUAUCCCUCAACCCCAACAUCAGAGUUUGUAGAAUCAUGACUUGGUGAGAGCUGGAAACUGCUACACCGUAGAGAGCACAGACGUCGUCUAGUCCAUUCCAGCUGCGGUGGUACCUUUGGUCCCGCUUCUCAGGUUCAGACGCAGGUCCAGGUACGGCUAAGCACAUGGGACGGGGAAGAAAGGCUUUGCGGUCAGCCGUUAGGUCCCUCAGUACAGCAACACAAUACGAGCGCGAUGAUUGACGAUGUAUCGGUGACAUCGCUUCCUCUAUGCACGCGAGCUCGGCGACUUUGCGCUGGCCCCUAGGGUCUGUUCUUUCAGCCCAGCCGGGGAGGAUGUUGCUGUUGCUGCUGCUGUUGUUAUCGGGAACGUAGGGCGCCGGCCGGCCAACUUCAGCUGCGUCGACGACAGUGCGCAGUUCGAGCUAAACAUCUUUGGAGCCACCCUCUCCCAGAUCGGAAUAGAUGCCGCUUCUUAUGGGGAAUACGAGAUCGCUAAGAGCACUAGAAGGCGGGUCUGUUUCCCUUCGAGUAUCUGUCCGUGCGCCACAGGUGAGUGUUCGUGUUUGCGCACUUGAGUUGUCACGAAGCUCACUUCGCGUGUUGCAUUGCAUGGUCUGUUUCUUUCUCAAACACCCUGGAGGGUGUCGAAUGCUUUCUAGGGGUCGAAUCACUUUCACAAAUCCAGCUUGACCGGUCCAAAAGUUACUCAUAGGCCGCGCCAUUGCAGAAGGACAGAACAGUCAUGGACAUUUGCGGCAUCUGCCAUUGACCGUUCGAGGUCAGCGAUGCACGGUCUCUGGGCAGGUAUCCCACCACAGAUAGCAGUUUUUCUGGCUGUCAGUGCCAUUUUGGUUCCCGUGAGUUUAUUCGUUGACCGGUAGAUGACCUUCGGAAAUCAAAGACGGUAUCUGCAUCCCGUUGCUGCAAAUUACCACGCGAGAUCUACAAGGGGCUUCGCGCCAUCAGCAUUCUUGGGGUACCCACAUGCACAGUAAGCUUGCAGUUGAUUAUUGCAUCCGUUUGACGGAUGUAGGUACAGAGGUAUUUGCAGCCAAUGUUUCUACCUUACUGGUCAUACAGUAAACAAAUCUAGUGCGCGAAGCAGUCAAAACGCCGCAUUUUUGUUUUCCAGGGCAGUACAUCCCUGCAGUACCUUGUUUUUGCUUCCUUGUAGGCACACUCUAUGCGCUCACAUCAUUCUCUUUAUCUCUGCCCUGCCCCCUUGUCAAAUUAUUCUCUACCCUAUCAUGGGCUGCCCUGCGUAUGCUGCACAUAAAACGUGUCUUCAAGGCACACAGAAUUCGUAGGUACAAGGGCAUGAAAUCUUCGGACCCCAAAUUUAGGUGUGUGAUGACAUGAGGGACAUGAUGAUGAUGAUGAUGGUAGUGGUUGAUCAGGGGCAACGCGUGGGCAGCACACCAUCUCUUUGAGCACCCUGGCUGGGAUUUAGAUGCAUUCCCAUUCCACACUUUCGGGCUGCCGGUUGCCUGCUCUACUGCAUCCGAUACGGGCUGUUUCUCGUGGCAUCUGGGGCGCAGACUUGGGUACCCGAGUGCGAAACAAAUGUAAUGGAUGGGUGGCCGCCGGCAGGGCAUAGCGAGGCAAACCACUGUGACGGAUUGGAACACAACGGCGAGCGAGGAACGAGUGAUGAUGUGCGCAAGCAGGCAGAUAGCAUGUUGUGGAACCUUCUCACAAGCUUGAGUUGUGCUCCUACGCGCCGUUUCAAUAAACAGCCUUCUCCCCCAAUGAUCUCGGACUCGAGUUCGGCUGCUGGGUGCACAUAUUCCACAUCACCAGCCCCCCGAACAGUUUUCCGUAACUACAGCAGCCUCGCCGACCUGUACGACUCGAAACCUUGGGACACCCAAAAAAAAACUCCAAUGGGGUAA